AUGGGCUGGCUUAGCAAAAUCUUCAAGGGUUCAAAUCAUAGUGUUCAAGAGGAGAGAUAUGAAGCUGAAGCUGAUACUGUGGAAAACCUUCCUUCUACAUCUUUGGAUGAUUCGUGGCCGGAGAUUGAAGACAUAGACCAUGCUAUUGCUUUGUCGCUUUCGGAAGAAGAGCAGAAAAGAAACAGUGUGAAUGACAGUGAACAGCAUAUAGAAGAAGACGAACAACUUGCCAGGGCCCUUCAGGAGAGUUUGAGUGUCGAGUCUCCACCCGAAUCACUGAGUCAAAAUGACAGUUUUACUGGAAAUGGAUAUGAGAAUGGAUAUGGAUAUGAAAAUGAGAGCCUUUACCAGCCUAUAUAUUUUCCUCAUACAGUAGUAGGCUUCAGGAUUUGUGCUGGUUGUAACAUGGAAAUUGGCCAUGGAAGAUUUUUAAGUUGUCUCAAUGCUGUCUGGCAUCCAGAAUGUUUUAGAUGCCAUGGAUGCAGACAACCUAUUUCCGAUUACGAGUUUUCCAUGUCCGGGAGCUACCCGUAUCACAAGACUUGCUACAAGGAGUCAUAUCAUCCAAAAUGUGAUAUCUGCAGUCAUUUUAUUCCUACAAAUGCAGCUGGCCUAAUCGAAUAUAGGGCUCAUCCUUUUUGGUCCCAAAAGUAUUGUCCGAGCCACGAACAUGAUGGUACUGCUAGAUGCUGUAGUUGUGAGAGAAUGGAGUCAUGGGACGCGAGAUUCGCGGCACUUAACGAUGGUCGAAAGCUCUGUUUCGAGUGCCUGGACUCGUCAAUUAUGGACACUGAUGAGUGCCAGCCGCUUUUUCUUGAUAUACAAGAGUUCUUCGAAGGGUUGAACAUGAGAAUUACCCAGCAAGUUCCGUUGCUUUUAGUCGAGAGGCAGGCAUUGAAUGAGGCUAUGGAUGGAGAGAGACAUGUUCGUAACUUCCAUUUUAUGUUACCUAUCAAAUUGCUGACUGGAUCAAUAUUGGCUCAUGAGAUGAUGCACGCGUGGCUACGUCUUAAUGGUUACCGAACUCUCAGACAAGACGUCGAAGAAGGUAUCUGCCAGGUCAUCGCCAGCAUGUGGCUCGAAUCUCAGAUUCUGUUCAUGUCUGAUGCUGAAAACGCAUCCACCUCAUCAUCUUCAUAUGGCUCGAUGUCAAGACAGGGAGCAAGAUCUCGAUUCGAGAAGAAACUCGGCGUGUUUUUCAAACACCAGAUUGCAACCGACACAUCUCUUGUGUACGGUCACGGUUUUCGAGCCGGUAAUGAGGCUGUGCAGAAAUUUGGCUUGCAGAGGACACUCGACCACAUGAAGGAGACCGGAAGCUUCCCAGAGUGA